GUUACGACUCAAUUGGUAUUUAUUGGGUGUUUCUGUCUCCCCCUAAUGGUCAAAUUUGCUAGCAGCAGGUAAAGGCGUGGCCAAUUGUACUUUGUAGCAGUUACCUGAGAGCAACGAGAUUAAAGGACGCUGCUGGCGGCGUCCUAUUUAAUCUACAUUAAAGAAAACACGAUGGUGGAACAAACCAGGCAUCCGAACCGCGCUGUGACCCUCCAGGCUGGACCUGGAGAGGUGGUGGACGGGGGCCUCAGGAUCCGUGACAGAGCAGCGAGGGUCGUUGGUCGACAGCUGGCUGAAAUCGGAGACCUUCUGGACCAGGAGUGGGCCAGGAGAGAUCCAAACCGGCCGCCAACUCCUCUCUACCUGCUGGGACCUGCCCGGACUCUGACACGGAUCAUCUACAGGGAUCUCCACAACCAGCUGUGGGGUUUCCAGAGCCUGUUGGCUCCGGUGAAGGCCUGGAUUGUCAGCACUACGUCCGGGCCGGGAAACAUCAGAGCAGAGGCAAAGGCAACCUGGGUGAGGAGUUUAAAAGUGGUGGCUUGCCCUGGCUGGACCAGCGGAGCACUCAUGACCGUAGCACUUUUGGUGGCAGCAAGCAUUUUUGGUGGACUGUGGAUGUAAGAGGAGGCCUGGGAAGAGGCCCAGAGAAAGUCU